CAUGCACACACCCCAGCACUGGCGUCAGCUCGACCCCAGGCCAGCCUCGUUCUGGGUGCCGGACUCCUGUUCCAACAGCACCCAGCCUGGGGCAACUGCAGGGCGGGGAGGCUGCACAUGAGUGAGAGCCAGGCUCCUUCUUAAGCGCCCGCCAGUCAAGCCCAGGCCACACGGCCAGCCAGCCGGCGCCCCGCGCACCGCCACCUGUCCUGCUGCUCCGCCGGCCACCACCGCCACCGGAGCCCACGUCACCCACCCUCCAUGGCCGACCAGCUGAGCGAGGAACAGGUGGCCGAGUUCAAGGAGGCCUUCUGCCUGUUCGACAAGGACGGGGACGGCGUCAUCACCACCCAGGAGCUGGGCACCGUCAUGCGCUCCCUGGGCCAGAACCCCACGGAGGCCGAGCUGCGCGACAUGGUGGGCGAGAUCGACCGGGACGGCAACGGCUCCGUGGACUUCCCCGAGUUCCUGGGCAUGAUGGCCAGGCAGCUGAAGGGCAGGGACAGUGAGGAGCAGAUCCGCGAGGCCUUCCGCGUCUUCGACAAGGACGGCAACGGCCUGGUGAGCGCGGCCGAGCUGAGGCACGUGAUGACCCGGCUGGGGGAGAAGCUGAGUGACGAGGAGGUGGACGAGAUGAUCCGGGCCGCCGACGUGGACGGGGACGGGCAAGUUAACUACGAGGAGUUCGUCCGCAUGCUGGUGUCCAAGUGAGGGGCCAGGCCUGGCGCUGGGCCCUCACACCCGGCCACCGGCUUUGCUGCGGGGACCUGGGACCAGCCUUGCUCCCUGCGUCCCUCCGGCCCCUCUGUGCUCUGCCACUUCUCCGUUCCAGGUGAUUCCACCCACCUUUGUGUAGCUCCCUUUGUCUCCUUUUUCCUGCCAGCCCUCCUCCCCUCUCCUCCCAGCUGGACUGACACAGGCCGCCCCCAAGCCCAGGUACGUCUGCCACUCGGGACCAGCAGCGACGUCACUCUGCAUGGAUAGUGAGCAGAGGACCAGCGCAAGUCCCACUGACUGGACACCUGCGGAGGCGCAGGGUGACAUCAUAGAGCCCUUGGCUGGACCCCUGAAAGGCACUCGGCACUGGGGCCGGGGCCGCGGGAGCCCCUGCGGCCCCGACAGCUCCAUCAGCCGCUGGACUGGGGCGGGCAGGAGGGACCUGGUCUGGGUGAGGGGGCUGCAGGGGCUGCCAGAGAUGAUGACGCUUGAGACUAGGCUUCCCCAAGCAACAUCACCCCCUUUCCACCAGGCACUCGCUUGUCUGUGAUUCACCCUUUGCAGCUGGGCGGAAAGCUGGGUCCGUUGUAACGCGUCUGUGUGCAGCUUCACGGAGGGAGAUGGGAGCGGGAGGGAGAGGGAAGCACAGGGAGUAAUAAAGUGCUUGCAUCCCCA